AUGAAAAUAAAGAGAGUGACUGACCCGUUUGACGAGAUCGCGAAGGCGCGGAUCGUCGGCGUUGAUAUGACCCGACCCGAUUACUUUAGCAGCGGCAGCUACCACAGCCGGCCGGCCGCCGCCGACGAAGACGACGCCACCUCGCUCUUCCUCGGCUGCGACGCCCCGGAUCCAGCCGCGGACGGCGGCGAUGAGGAGCUCGAUCGGUCAAUGUGCGAGUCGAUCUCGGAGAGCGUCGAUCUAAUCGGACGGAUCGUGGAGGACGAGAGAGAUGCGUACAGGAAUCAGCUUAGGGUUCAGGUUUCGAGAGCGGCGGAGAUUUUCGCGUGCCUGAGAUCGAACAAGCAGAUGAUGCGGCGGAAUGUGAUGGCUUAUUUGAGGAAUUGCGGCUACAAUGCGGCGGUUUGCAAGACAAAGUGGGAGAGCACCGGCGGAUUGAGCGGCGGAAGCUACGAAUUCGUCGACGUCGUGCGGGGGGAUUCCGCAUCGAGAUACGUCGUCGAUUUGGAUUUCGCGGCGGAGUUCGCGAUCGCGCGGCCGGCGAGGUCGUACGAGUGUUUGCUGCAGCGAUUGCCGCGGAUCUACGUGGGAACGGCGGAGGAAUUGAGGCAGAUUUUGAGAGCGGCGAGCAACGCGGCGAGGUGGUCGAUGAAGUGCGGCGGCCUGAUUUUGCCGCCGUGGAGGAAGCACCGGUUCAUGCAGAGCAAGUGGCUAGGGCCGUACAGGCGGAUGACUAGUCUGAUUUCAUCGGCGGUGAAUCGCAGUAACGGCGUCAAGUGCCGUGCUGUCGGUUUUGACGCCGCAGCUAACGGCGGUCGUUUGGUGUUUCCCGCGGCUGCUAGAACGAAAUGA